AAGGUCAGGAUCCUCUGGGCUUGGGGCAUUUUUUUUUUUUCUUUUCACUUCCUCUCAUUGGUUACUUCAGUGGCUACUUCCUUUUCUGUGGAUAGAAAGGAAAAUAAAUAUCCAACUUCCUGGGAUCUGGAAGCCUCCUCCUUGGCAAGUGGAUCCCCUUGGCCCUCCAUGACUGUUCUGUGGAUGAGCCCAGAAGCUGCAGAGAGCUGAAGUCCUUAUAACCCGAACUUCUCAUCUUUAAUUCAGACAGACACCAAACAGAGGCAGGAGCCUCCAGCCAACCUGGGAUCCCUUUUGUAUGAAGCUUCCUUGCCCAAGGUUAACGACAUAAGGACCCUGGACAGAGAUUAUCUGCAGAUGUCAACCAGCCUCACCUCUCAUUGUAAUCUGCCCUGGUUCUCACUAGCUCUGGAUCUCGGCGACCCAUAAGCCCAGGGCUCCAGAUGGCAGAAGAGUCCAGUGGCCUGGGGACAUCCCACAGCCUGGAGAAGAAGAAGAUCUUGCGCUCCACUAAGACAGCCUGGCUGCCCCUGGACGAGCAGCAGCCUCUACCUCCCAGGGAGGGAAGCGGGGAUUCUCCCAUCCCAGAACUAGAGAAUUCUAGACAAGAAAGUAUCCAGCAGUGGUUGGACUCUGGGUUCUUUCUCACAACACAUGAAAACUUGCAGCAAGCCAUUGACCAAACAGAUUCUUUGAAUAAACAAGGAGUGGUUUCAGAGGCAGUGAAGGACUACAUGAGAUCCUUACAACAGGUUUCCGAAGCUCCAGCGCUGUCCAGAGGGACCAGUUUCAACUCCUUCCCUUCUGUAUCGAGUAUCCCCAAAAGCAUUUCGGAAUGGCUGGAAUUCUGGCAAAAGGAUCCAGUGGAGAUCCUCCUCGAUCUGGGGUUUGGGGCUGAGGAGCCAGACAUCUGCACCAAGAUUCCAUCUCGCUUCCUCGGGGGCAGCUCCGCGGCAAAAGGCAUCAACAUCCGGGUGUUCCUGGAGGCUCACAAACAGCGGAUGGAUCUUGAGAUCCCCAACUUGUACGGACGAUUCCGACAACUGGAAGUGCUGGACCAUGUGACGAAUGCCUUCUCCUCUCUGCUGAACGAUGUCAACAGCCUGCAGAGGGAAGGGAAGGAGCAAAGGCAGCCAGGGCCGCCAGAGCCGUCCCAGGUGCCCGAGGCCAAGGGCCGGCGGAGAAGGAUUGGACAACUCUUGAGGAAAGCCUCAAAGUGGACCAUGAAAGGGGACGGCCCACAGAGGCAAGCCGGGUUCCUGGGGGGGGAGGAGGACCUUCCUCCCGCUCCCGGGGAGCCAGACCAAAGUCCCUCUCUCCAGGACGGCAGGAUGGACUUUGCUGGCGGCAGCCACCCACGUCCUUCGACAGAACAGCGGCCGCCCCUGGCCAGCGAUAAGCCGGUGUCCCAUGAAGCUUUGCCAUCUGUUCCGGGCAAGCCGCGGCCCUCUCUCUGGGGGAUGUCCCCGAAGCAGCCGCCCCUUCCCUGUGCCCCAGAGGGGUCACCCAGAGACCGAGGCAUCCAGGAGAAAGGCCCGCUGCUGUCCCACAGACUCAGGCAGGUGGUGCACAUGGACAGGAAGCCGCCGGACUCCUUUGAAAUGGAAGAGGUACAGAGCUUUGAGGAAGAACCUGGAAAUCUACUGGAGGUGACCUUGGGCACAGUGGGGGCCGGGGUGACGAGAACCAGCAGCUGCCAGUCCGACAGCAGCGGCUUCUUGGAGGAACCUUCUGAGCCCCUUCCUCUACAGACCAGCCAGGGCCUUAGCAGUGGAACUCAAGGAGCCGAGAGUCCCUCCCUGGGAUCCCCCCAGCAGCACCCACAAGAACCGACUGAAGGUGCUGCCCAAGGCAUGCUGAGUUUGCCCAUUCUGAACCGAGGCCAGAGCGAUCGGGAACAAGAGAUAUUUGCCUCUGUGAAAGAGGAGGAUUCUCGAUCAGCAGAACAGUCAAGCCAGGAGGGACCCCUCAAGGACACCCCCACUGGGGAAGGACUGAAUUUGCCUCCAAGUUCUCAUAGUAGCUGUGAGGUUGAAGGAGACGCCAUCACUUCCAAGUGUGACUAUCCUGGAGGAUUUAUGGUAGCCUGUGUAAUAGAUGUCCAGACAGACAGCCCACAGGCAGAAGAGCCUGAAGAAGUGUUCAUGGAAAGGUCUCCAAGCAUCAUGGGUGAUAAAGGUGGAUCAGUUCGUAUGGAUAACUGUCCAUCUGGAUCGGAGGUCCCGGGAGAUGGGCAGGCCGGCCAAUGGGACCUUGACGUUAGCAGGUUGGGAUCCCCCUUAGAAAAUGGGAUGUUGACUGCACCAAGGCAGGGACCAGCCACACAGAGUCAAGUCAUUCCUCCAUCAGGUGGCCUUAAUGAGGUUUCUGAAACCUAUGAAUCCAACUCGGACGUUGUAAGUGGAUGUAGACGUGGGAGUAGCCCAGGGCUCGAGGCUUCAGGGAAGGUAAGCACGAGGCACCCGAUCCCGGAGGCCGAAACAAACCCCGGGGCUUUCCGGUCUGUGACGAUCCAGAUGUCGUCCAAGCUGGUGGCUGGCAUCCACAGCACCGCGGCAGGGGAAGGUCCCAGAGAGAACCCGGGAGAUCCUCUUCUUAGACCUUCAGAAUUCUCCAGGAGCGAGGCUUUCCUCACAGCGGGACCAAGAAGAGGAGCCAGAGAAAGGCAGACCAAAGAAGCUUCAGUUCAAACAGUAAAACGCAAACCGGGAUCGCAGAGUGUGGGGCCUGCCUCGAGCUGCGGCUCAGCCACACGUAGGCAGCAUCAUCUCACCCAUUCUGUCUCCCUCGACAGCGGGAUGCUAGGGAGUCAUCAGCCAGCCUCCGCCUCAAAGCCGGCGGUCCCCGGUCUCCAGUGCAAGCAUGGCGAGGGCUGCUGCUGUCACUGUCACUGCUGCUGCUGCUGCUGCUGCUGCUGCUGCCGACAACAUCCCCGGCCCUGGGCCUGGCAGCCCCCGGGCACGGCUUCCUGCUCGUACUGCCACCUCCAGGCCCAGCUCUCCAGGACCGUGAGGAUCCUCCAGGAGGCCGUGAUGAGAGGGAUCUCUCCAAGCACUGUACAGGACAUGGAGAUCUGGAGAACAGUAUGUCAGAGUUUCCGGGAGCACUCAGAGGAGAUCGGACAUCACCUCAUGAAGCAACAAGCACAUGCCUUCAGUGAUAUGUCAGAGGAAGGGAGGGAGGAGAUGAGGCAGCUCCACACUUUACGUCAAGACCUGCACCAACAGGUAGCGGAGCUGGAGUUCCAGCUCAGUGACCGAGUUCGGCAGAUUCAAGAGGGGAUGCUCCUGUUUGACCAGCUUUUAGAAGAACAAUCCCAGCUCUGUUCAGAACUGGGCCUCUCUGACUGGGGAGAAGGAAACGAGCCAACUUUCCAUGCUGACUCAGACAUUCACAAAACUGUGUCUCCCAGGGCUCCUAGUCCUGUCAUCAAAGGUCAAGGGUCUCUUCUCCCAGAAGAGACCAGGGCAUGUGCCCUCACUUGCUCUUCCCCAGAAAGCAGCCCAGAGAUGGCCCUCCAACCCCCAGCAUUAGCAGAGCAAGACCCUUCAGCAGCUUCCUGGGAUCAGCAUGUGAAUAGUGAAGAGAAAACGGGCUCCAGCCAGAGCCGAAUGGACCUCAAAGGCUUUUUUGGCAAACUAAAGAAGACUUUCAAGAGUUCUUUUGGCAACGAACCAGCCGAUGGACAAAAUUGAUGGAACGACAGAGGAGACAAAAACAGAUGAUGUGUUUGCUGUUGGACAAGCCUCCCCCUCCACAUCAGUUCUGAGAUUCCCCUCCAUUUAUAGAGAUGGUGGGAAGCUGGUAACAUUGCCUUGGGGAAAGUCUUUCCUCUUUCGCCCCCAGGAUCCACUUGAAAAUAGAUUGUUUUUUAAAAAUACUGUUAUUUAGUGGGAUGGGAGUGGGGAUGAUCAUAUUUUUCUAAGAUCAACUGACUUUACUUUCAACCUAUGCAGCUAGAAAUGAUUAAUAAUAAAUACAAUGGAACUCUUUAAACCUGCAUUUCCCUUAAUACACGCAGGUCUUGUACCUCCUGCCUCCAGCUAAUCAUUAAGAUUAACAGAUAUGUACCUAGUGACUUAAAGUUUGCAAAGAGCUUAAGAAAUAUUAUCUCUUUUAAGCUUCACAAUAACUUUGCCAAGCAUGAAGUACAAGAGUGAUUAGCUCCUUUUCAUGGAAGAAGAAACUGAGAAGGAGAGAGGUUGAGUGAUUAACCACAAUUAAAAAUGAUCAAAGGUGGGAUCUGAAGCCAGUCUUCCUCUAACUCGAAGACCAGUACAUUAACCACUACCCACCAUUGCUCAGGUAGAUGGACCUCAAGUCAAUCCCUAUUUCCAGAGUAAGGAGGACCCAUAACCAAUUAGAUUCCCAACUUUUCCUUCAGAAGCUCAGACAAGGAAAGAAUUAUGUGUUUAGUGGGUAUGAAGGAAUGUGGAUGAUGAUGCAGCCAAGAAAAAAGGGGAAUUAGAAAGAACAAGGAAAGAAAAGAGUCACUGAAGUUAAGGAAGAGAAGUAUCCAAAAUGGAAGGGUCAUCAACAGUGAUCCUGGAGAACUAGGACAGAGAAGAGUCACAGCAGCUAAGGAAGGAGAGUGUGUCCAAGAUAAAAGGAUGAUCAAUAGUGAUGGAAGCUAUUCAGAGAGCAAGACUGAAGAAGAGAUUACUGGUGACCUUAGAGAGAACAGUUCCAGUUGAGUGGCAGGAACUGAAGAUAGAUUGUAUGGGUUAAGAAGUGAAUGGGAGGCCAGAGAGAGGUGUCAGUGACUUUGGAGAAAAUAGACAACUCUUUUUCCCCUCGAGUUUUAUCUAGUAAAGGGAGGAUGGCUAUAGAAUAAUAUCUUGAAGGAUUGGCAGGUUUAAAAAAAGAUUUCAAAAGCUGUGGACCGAUAGCUCAGAAUAUGCACAAUCACCAGGGGAGGAGACAAUGGAUAAAAAGAAGUUAAAAUGAAGGAUAUAGAGGAAAUGAAAAACUAGAGAAAUCAGGAGAGGAUAGGAAGAAAGAGCUGGUAGAGGGGGUAGUUUUGACAAGAAGAGAAAUG